CGAGCUGCUGGACCUCUUCCGCAAGGCGCUAACCGUCUCCUACCCCAGCGCCGGCGCGGAGCCCAUGCUCGCUGCCUGCAACAACGCCAAGAACGGCGACUAUCAAUGCAACAACGCGAUGGCGCUCUUUGGAAAGCUUAAGGGAACAGAAAACGCGCCAAAGGCGCCUCGCGACGUCGCAAAUGCCAUCCUCGGGGCGCUGCCAACCAAUGAUCUGGUUGCUGAGACCAGCCUGGCCGGCCCCGGUUUCAUCAACAUCCGCCUCAACCGCGGCUACCUGUCCAAGCGCAUCAGCAGCAUGCUCACCAACGGGCUGGCCAGCUGGGCGCCCGCGGGGCACGCCGGCAAGAAGGUUGUGAUCGACUUCAGCUCCCCCAACGUGGCCAAGGAGAUGCACGUGGGUCACCUGCGCUCCACCAUCAUUGUGACACGCUGUGCCGUAUCUUCGAGUACAGCGGCGCUGACGUGCUGCGGCUGAACCACGUGGGCGACUGGGGCACUCAGUUCGGCAUGCUCAUCGAGCACAUGUCGGACGCGCGGCGGCAGCGGGUGGCCGCGGGCGGGGAGGACAAGGACGCGGAUGAGGACGUGGCGGACCUGCAGGAGCUGUACCGUGCCGCGAAGAAGCGGUUCGACGAGGAGGAGGAGUUCAAGACGCGCGCCAGGGAGGCGGUUACUCGGCUGCAGAGCGGCGACCCCGCCAGCCUGGCUUCCUGGCAGCGCAUCUGCGCCGCCAGCCGCCGCGAGUUCGAGGCCAUCUACUCUCGGCUGGGGGUGACGCUGCAGGAGCGGGGCGAGUCGUUCUACAACCCCAUGCUCAAGGACGUGGUGGAGGAGCUCAAGUCCGCGGGUGUCGCCACGCUGGACAACGGGGCCACGUGUGUGUUUGUGGAGGGGCAGUCGGUGCCGCUCAUCGUGCAGAAGAGCGACGGCGGGUUCGGGUACGCCAGCACGGACAUGGCGGCCAUCAAGCACCGGCUGUUUGAGGAGAAGGCGGACUGGAUCAUCUACGUGACGGACGUGGGUCAGUCGCAGCACUUCGAGCUGGUGUUCGCGGCGGCCCGCAAGGCGGGGUGGCUGGUGGAGGGGAGCGGGCCGCGCGUGUCGCAUGUGGGCUUUGGUCUGGUGCUGGGAGAGGAUGGCAAGCGGUUCAGGACCCGCUCCGGCGACCUGGUGCGGCUGGUGGAGCUGCUGGAUGAGGCCAAGAGCCGCUGCGCCGCCACCAUUCGGGAGCGCAGGGCGGAGGCGGGAGAGGAGGUGGACGAUGCGGAGGUGGAGGCCGCUGCCUGCGCCAUGGGCUACGGCGCCGUCAAGUACGCGGACCUGAAGAACCAUCGCACCACCAACUACAAGUUCUCGUUCGAUGAGAUGCUCAACCUGAAGGGCAACACCGCGGUAUACCUGCUGUACGCACAUGCGCGCAUUGCGGGCAUUGUUCGCAAGGCGGGGCAGGACGUCUACUCGCUGGCCGCCUCCACACCCGUGGCUCUGGACCACCCCAAGGAGUUGGAGCUGGCGCUGCACCUGUGCAAGCUGCCGGAGGCGCUGGAGGACGCGAUUGAGGAGCUGGCUCCCAACAGGCUCACCGACUACCUGUACGAGCUGUCGGAGCGCUUCAACUCCUUCUACGUGGACUGCAAGGUGCUGGGCAGCGAGCAGGAGGCCUCCCGACUGCUGCUGAGCGAGGCGACGGCGGUGGUGAUGCGAAAGUGCUUCGAGCUGCUGGGGAUCAAGCCGCUGUACCGCAUCUAAGGAGACGAAGGAAGAGGAGGGGAAGGAGGAGCAGAGGGGUGUGGGGUGGUGGUGGUGCAAGGUGGGGUGCUUGGGCAAGGGCGAAUCGAGCCGAAUCGAGCGGCGGUUUGGUGGGGUGGGGAGACGUGCAGGGAGGCUGCAGCAGGGAUGGUGUGGGUGCGAGCAGCUGCAGGGUGGCUAUGCGGGCGAGGAGGU